CAACGGAAUAGCAGCAAUAGACAUCUCAAUUAAGCCGCGUUGUCAAUCAGGAUGGUUGAGUUGAAAAUUAUCAUAUGUUGCUUCGUAGUAUUCUUCGCACAGCAAUUGGAAGCAUGGCCAAUGCGAAAAUGUAAAUAUAAUUCCCUUGGCGAAGUGAGAAAGGAUUUUCACGAUUCCUUACAUAAUCGAUUGAUAGUGGAGUAUGAGAAUGGAACUCUUGGGCAAACAGAAGUGCUAGAUUACAAAAAGCCCUCCGAUAACUCUGUGGCAUGUCCAAUAAAGUUUAGAGAAGAAUAUGAUAAUGAUCGUAUUCCUCGUAGAAUGUACCACCUAGAUUUGUUGAAUGCCACUGAAAAUGCAUGCCAUUGUCAGGCUGUAUAUCGCAAAAUCAUAUACGUUAAGUUAAAAAAGUUGUGCGACGAAAAGUUGAAACAAACUAUAUUUGAAAUUCGUACUGUAAAAAUGAUUGUUGGUUACGAUGCAAUAUCUACAGAAAAAUGUAAAAAUGCUACAAUGAAGCAAUAGACAAAUAGGUUUAUUUAUUUGUUAUUAUUGUGUAUAAUUUUUUUAUUGUUUAUUUUGUUAUUUAUACAUUAAUUAAUUUAUUUGUUCAUAUUUAUUUUUAAAGGAAGAGAAAACUA